GUCUCUCUCCUCCGCUCUUUCAAUUAUUGUCUUGAUUCACAGUAACCACAAGGAAUUGCAAGCAUCAAGGCACAACCACAGCCACAACCAACCAACACUACCUCUCCCACGCCCUUUCUCUAUAAAUCACUCCCUCUCACUCGCAUCUCCUCAACCCCAGAAAUUUACAUAGCAGAGAGAGGGCAAUCAACCAAAGGCCCAAAACAAACCCAGUUUAGCGAUCAGAAACAGAAGAAAGAGAGAGAGAAACCAUUUUCCGUUCGUGUGUUGGCUGGAGAGGGCUGGAUUUAGAGAGAGAAAGAGAGGGCUUUUCUGGUUUUGGGUAGGGGUAAAACCCAGUUUCGACACGUUGUAGACAUCACGGCUAUACACGGAGUAUCGCGGCCACUAUUACAUGUCCGGGCAGUACGACGCAAGGGUUGUGUCAGUGUGAUUGAGAGCUGCAACCCUUCGCCGCACGGCGGACGAGGCGCUUUGCCGUCCGAAGGCGGUAGUCCUUCCGACCUCCUCUUCCUCGCCGGCGGUGGUUCACCUCUUUCCUCCUCCUCCUCCUCCUCCUUUUAGUUUAGGUUUAGGUCGUCUAUUGUAGUUAGAUUCAUUGUAUACUUAUAUCUAUUCUUCAAGAUCUGCUUGCUAUUUCGAUCUCGUUUGUGUAUUUGCUGAAUUCAUGAUGUUGAGGAUCAAGAGGGUUCCGACUGUAGUUUCCAAUUACCAAAAGGAAGAGACGGAGGAAGGCGCCGGACCCGGAGGCGGUUGUGGCCGGAAUUGCCUCAACAAGUGUUGCAUCCCAGGGGCAAAAUUACCUUUAUAUGCUUUCAAGAGGGUCAGCAAAAUCGUUUGUGAAAAGGGUUUACUUGGCGAGAAUGGGAACAAAGAGCCUCCUGUUGCCUUCUUGGACGAACUCCUUCUUGGGGAGUGGGAGGAUCGUAUCCAGAGAGGCCUCUUUCGCUAUGAUGUCACUGCCUGCGAAACCAAGGUGAUUCCGGGAGGAUAUGGCUUCAUUGCACAGCUGAAUGAGGGCCGUCACCUUAAGAAGAGGCCAACUGAGUUUCGUGUUGAUAAGGUCCUGCAGCCCUUUGAUGGGAACAAAUUCAACUUCACCAAAGUUGGGCAGGAAGAGGUGCUUUUCCAGUUUGAAGCAAGUGAAAAUGAUGAAGUCCAGUUCUUCCCUAAUGCACCCAUUGAUGUUGAGAGUUCUCCGAGUGUUGUUGCCAUCAACGUUAGUCCUAUCGAAUAUGGACAUGUGCUUUUGAUCCCUCGGGUUCUCGAGUCCUUGCCGCAGAGGAUUGACCGUGAAAGCUUCUCGCUUGCACUUUACAUGGCAGCAGAAGCAGGGAGCCCAUACUUUCGAUUGGGUUACAACAGCUUGGGUGCAUUUGCUACCAUCAACCAUCUUCACUUUCAGGCUUAUUACUUGGCUGUGCCCUUUCCCAUUGAGAAGGUUCCCACUAAGAAAAUAACCACUUUGGACGAUGGGGUGAAAGUUUCUGAGCUUCUGAAUUAUCCAGUUAGAGGUCUCGUUUUUGAGGGUGGAAAUACCAUGCAAGAUUUGUCCAAUGCUGUCUCUGACUCGUGCAUUUGCCUUCAAGAGAACAACAUUCCUUACAAUGUCCUUAUCUCUGAUUCUGGGAAACGUGUCUUUCUCUUUCCGCAGUGUUACGCUGAGAAACAGGCUCUUGGGGAAGUGAAUCCAGAGCUUCUGGACACCCAAGUGAACCCAGCAGUUUGGGAAAUUAGUGGGCAUAUGGUGUUGAAAAGGAAGAAGGAUUAUGAAGAGGCAUCUGAGGAAAAUGCUUGGAGGCUCCUUGCAGAAGUCUCUCUCUCUGAAGAGAGGUUCCAAGAAGUGAAAGAUCUAAUAUUUGAAGCAAUUGCUUGUGACCAUGACGGAAAUGGAAGUGUCCCUCAGAGCUUGGACAAGGAGCCAGACGUCACUCCUCAAUCUUUUGGAGAAGUUGAGUCCCUUAACAACGGCGCCUGCCCUUCUAUGGUGUCCGGGAAGCAAGAAUGCCUAGUUCAGCACUGAGAACUGGGCUCCGAAGCUCACACAUCAGUAUGUGUAUGUCUUAAUUAAGUACGGCAUGUGCUAUGGGUGUUCAUACACGUCCCCUAGUGAAAUGCCCUUAAAUAAAGCAAGCUAGGUCUGCAUUGUUGUUGUUGUUGUCUGCUUUCUGCAUAUUACCUUCGAUGUAUUUGCUUAUCCUCGGUAGAUUUAUGUAAAAUGCAAUAUGGUACUUGCUAUGUUGUGCUACUGAAUGCUUCUUGGAUUUGGACGUUUAGAAUUUUUAUGGCGUGUUCAACCCUUUGGCUA